AUGUCAUCUCAAACUCGUCAACUACUAGUUGAGAGGGGUCCCAAUCAAAUUAAAGAAUUCGAGUUUCCUAUUAACAAAGGAAAGCGUAGAUUUUUGCCCUCGUAUUAUUCGAAAGUGUUGAGCAAUGGUGAAGUCGUUGAGAGAAGUUGGCUUAUGUACUCUAUUGCAAGUGAUGCCGUUUUUUGCUUUUGUUGUAUAUUAUUUGAUAAUUCGUCUGAUAUUAGUGACUGGCCCAAAAAAGGCUAUUCUGACUGGAAAAAUCCUAUAAGAGCCCUCACAAUGCACGAAAAGUCUGUAAAUCACAGAAAUGCUUUAAGAGCAUGGAAAGAAUUGGAAAUUCGAUUGAAGCAGAAAAAAACUAUUGACGCUGAAUAUCAACGAAUUAUGGAUAUGGAACUUCAGCAUUGGAGAGGAGUUAUAAAAAGAAUUAUGCCAAUAAUUAAACUAUUGGCCUCACAAUGUUUAGCUUUUCGUGGAUCAACUGAACAUUUGUUUCAACCUAAUAACGGGAACUUCCUAAAGUUGGUAGAAUUACUUUCUGAGUUCGAUCUAGUUAUGGAAGAACAUAUCAGGAGAGGUCAACGAGAGUCUGAUAAAUGUCUUGAGUUUAUACUUUCGGUUGAAAAUGAAACAGAUAUAAAUGCAAAUGACCUGAGAGAAGAAUUGCGUGAUGUAUCCAGAAUGCUACCAUAUUCUACAAAACCUUUUGAUGUUUUAAAUUAUUUGUGCCAAAAUAGAUUAAUUAGUUUGUAUCCAAAUACUGUUGUAGCUCUGAGAAUUUUAUUAACUCUUCCUGUAUCUGUAGCUAGUGGGGAAAGAAGUUUCUCCAAAUUAAAAUUAAUUAAAAACUACUUAAGAAGUUCAAUAGGACAAACAAAACUUAAAAAUCUGGCAUUAAUUUCUAUUGAAUCUGCAAUGGCUAGCACUCUAGACUACACAUCAGUAAUUAACAAAUUUGCUAAAGUUAAAGUUAGAAGAGUAAAGCUAGUUACUGAUGUUGAUAAACAAUUACUAGAUGUUGAUACAGAUACAGUUACUAGAUGUUGA